AUGAGAGUCAGAUACCCUCACAGACAUACCCUCACACAGUUUGAUGUUGAGACGAUUGGUCUCGAGACAUACAUUGGAGGAUUGGAGAUACUGUUCUCAAACAAGAAGAAUCAUAGUUAUGAGUUGAAUGGCCGUGAUACUAUACCUUUGAAGGAGCUGGUACAUUGGAUGCGUGACAAUCAUGUAAAGGAGAGACCAGAGUUAUUUGUAGAUAAUGGAACUGUUCGACCAGGUAUACUUGUUCUGAUCAACGACGCGGAUUGGGAGCUGGACGGUGGCAUCGAUUAUGUGGUCGAGGAUGGCGAUACAAUCUCUUUCAUAUCGACUCUGCAUGGAGGUUAA